AUGGCAUCGCCUCCAGCAUCGCCGCCGACGGGAGGCGGUAUCCAGCGCCCAAUGAGUGUCAUGCUCCAACGCACCGGACGGUCCUCCAGCCGCCUCAGCAUGUCCUCGAAGAUGGGCGGAGGGAGCCGCGCCUCCGACGAGGACGGCUCCAAGACCGCAGUGAAGGUGGCCGUCCGCGUGCGACCCCCACUGAAACCUGGCGAUCCGGGCUUCGAGCUCAUCCCUCAGCGAUUCCGCGCGCCCACAUGUCACGUCACGUCGCCCUCAAGUCUUGCGGUUGACGGGUCUGGGGGAAGGAAGAUGUUCGUCUUCGAUCGCGUGUUUGGCGAGGACAUUGACCAGGAAGGCGUUUUCGACUACGUUGUAGACAGCGUCAACUCGUUCGUCCAGGGAUAUAAUGUUUCCAUCCUGGCAUACGGCCAGUCCGGCGCCGGGAAAUCGUACACCAUGGGCACUACUGGGCCCACUGAGCAGGGAGAUAGCCAAAUCAAGGCUACAUUAUUCGAGACGCUGGAAGGACCGAGUCUGAAAGCAUCUGGAUCAGGUAUACGCGCUCCCUCACGCGCGUCAGGCUUCGGAUCCCAAAGCUUCGCCAACAAGUCGUCCGCCAACAGCAACUGGCAGCUGAGAGCUACCUAUGUUGAAAUCUAUAACGAGCAAUUGCGCGACCUGCUCCUACCGGAAAACACACCCCUCAACGAGCGACCAACAGUAAACAUUCGCGAGGACCGCGAUGGUAGAAUUCUUCUUACCGGACUUACGCAGAUGACUGUUACGUCUGUCGAAGACCUCCUUGGGGCCCUUAACUUUGGAUCUGCGAUCCGACAGACAGAUGCUACUGCUGUCAAUGCCAAGUCAUCUCGUUCUCACGCUGUUUUUAGUUUGAAUUUGGUCCAGAAGAAGGCAUCCUCUGCACCAACAUCUACUCGCGAGAAACGUCGAUCAGUGCCCAUCGAGAUGAUGUCCGGAUCAACAGAGAACUGGAUUACAGUCGACAGCAAGCUUCAUUUCGUAGAUCUUGCAGGUAGCGAGAGGCUCAAAAACACAGGUGCACAGGGCGAGAGAGCGAAAGAAGGUAUCUCCAUCAAUGCCGGUCUGGCAAGUCUCGGCAAGGUCAUCUCACAGUUGUCGUCGCGCUCUGGCGGCUCCUACGUUUCUUACCGCGACUCACGUCUCACUCGUCUCCUGCAAGACUCUCUGGGUGGCAAUGCCAUCACGUACAUGAUUGCUUGCGUCAACCCAGCCGAGUUCCAUCUGAGCGAAACUUUGAAUACUGUUCAAUACGCUCAGCGAGCUCGUGCUAUUCAGGUCAAGCCCCAGAUCCAACAGGUCCACGACGACAGCGACAAACAAGCUGCUAUCGAUCGCUUGCGCGCUGAAGUUCAAUUCCUACGAGACCAAAUCCGGUUGUCGGAGCGGACCGACCGGAAGAAGGCUGGAGCACAUGAGCGAGGCGAACGCGGCGAACGCCAAGAAGAACGUGAAAUGGAGCUACAAAAUCAGCUCCUCGACGUGCAAGAGAACUACAAUGCUCUUAGCGCUCGCCAUGCUAAGCUGAUUACUGAAAUCACCAAGGCGCGUGACAGCGACGAUGCCGAUACUCCGAUGCUCAAGGAUGCCAUUGGCGACUCUGCUCUUGAGCGACUAAAGCGUUCCAACUCUUUCGCGGAGGCCGUUGAGUCAGUGGUCCUAGAAUACGAAAAGACCAUCCAGACACUAGAGUCGUCUCUCUCUAGCACUCGAUCCACUCUGUCCUCCCACGAAAGCGACUUGCUCGAGAAAGAGACUCGCAUUGCGAUCUUGGAAAGUCAGAACCACCACCUGCAGGCUCGCAUCCAAAAGGCGAUUGACCGAGACGCCAGCAACGAAGAGUAUGUGAAGUCGCUGGAGCAUCAGAUUGAUAGCUCUGCCAAUGGCAUCGAGAAGAACGACAGCACUAUCUCCGAAUUGCGCGACAAACUUCAAAAGGCUCGCGAGAACGAAUCCAGUUGCGAAGAGUAUAUCUCAACCCUGGAGGAGCGCCUUGCAGAGAACGAACAGGAGGUUGAGAUCAUGACUCGCGAGAUCGAGCGGCUGAAGCAUGUCGUGGAGCGUCAACGUAGCAUUGGCAAAUUGGACAACUUACUGUACGAAUUAGACACGAUGCGUCAUACUGAUGCAAAGACAGAAGAGACACUGGUCAACGGUCAUUCUAAGACCAACAGUGAUCCCUUCGUCGACAAGCGUCCUCAGUUGGAGCAUCGCGCCUCGAGUGGACCGAAACAUCAUUUCAGCACCAGUGUAGACGCCAUUGCAGAGGAGCCCGAUACCGAACGCCCUUCCACAGCCGGUGCAAGCAAGGAUGGAUCCAGAGAACUUGAUGGCAGCUCCGCUAUGAAAUCCGUUCUAGUCAAUGGGCGCUCUAACGGGAUGUCAACCAACGAACCUGAUAGCCCAAAUCAGUCGCGAUUUGUACAUGACAAGCUUGACUCCGUCACGCAGGAGCUGUUUGACCUACGUGUCGAACAUGAAGGCACAUUGCAGGACUACGAGCGACUUGCCAGCAAGUACCAAGAAGCUCUACACACUGUCGAGCUUCCAGAUGAUGAAACCGAAAGCCGCCAUGAUCAAGUCGAACAGCCAAAGUCUCGCGUCGAUAUACAGUUGACCCGUGAGCUCGAAGCUCUGAGGUUGCUGCAUUCGGAGAAGGAAGAGCGUCUUACCAAGCUCAACCAGAGCUACUCUGCACUCCAGGAAGAGCACCAAGACACGCUGGACUAUGUGGAGGAGCUAAAGUCUGAUCUCGCCAAAGCUCACAUGGCGCGCCCAUCUUCACCCUCACUAAGCAUGAUCCGUCGAAAGUCCAGCCAGGCUGUUCUUGCGAACGAUCGCUCCAAUCGUGCCUUUGCUUCGCUACGCAACAUGGCUCUGGACACCUUUGAGGAAGACAGCCCGAGCAUGAUUCAGAACUUCGAGCUGAACCUGAACACCAUCAUGUCGGAAUUGCACCUCAAGUCUGAACGUGUGCAAGCACUAGAGGGAGAGGUUACGUCUGUCAGGAAGGAAAUGGAAGGCAAGAUGACUCUGAUCAGUGGAUUGACUAAGGAACGAUCCAGCAUGAAAGCUUCAUCACCACUCGAUAUCUCGAUUGUCGCAACCAUGCAAGACCAGAUGAAGCAAAAUGAAGAGCACAUGAAGGAGCUUAAGGAAACCCACACUCAACGAGAGCUCGAGCUUCAAGAGCAAAUUGCUAGCCUCAAGGCUUCAACAACGCGGUCUACAGAGUCUGUCGACGACGCCACACCGCAACCUCAAGUUUCGCAUGACCGAAAUAUAUCAGGUGCCACGAAUGACGACGGUAGUGCAGAACGCGCCGAGCAGCUGACAUCACUCACUGAUGAGGCAGCCAUGUGGCAGUCGAAGCAUGUUGAGGCUAUUGAGGCGGCUCGGGCCCUGAAGAAGCAACACCUGGAGAAGGUGGAGCAGCUCGAGCUAGCCAAGCAGCAGCUCGAAACUGACCAUGCGGCUCGUAUGGUGGAGAUGGAGAAGACCAUUGGCGCUGAGGCUCAAGCUGCACUAGAGCAUGAAAGAUCAAUCCACGCUGAGCUUGUAGCUGGUCUGCAAGCCCAAGUGGAUGAGCACAAGGCGACUGCGGGCAGUAAUGCUGCUCGUCUUGCUGAGCUGGAAGAGUCACAUGCCAGCAUCAUUCGCCAGGUAGAAGAAGAUGCGGAGGCAAGGGCGCUCACCGAAAAGGAGCUCGAAACCCACCGUUCGCUGGUCUCCAAUCUUGAGAAACAAAUCGACGAGCACAAGUCUGCCAUCGAUUACCAUCAGCAGGGCAUGGACUCGUUGAAGGAAACUCAUAGCGCCGAGCUCGAAAAGCUUACCAAUGAGCUCACGGGCCACAAAGAAUCUGUGUCUUCACUCGAGGCUGACCUUUUGAAUGCCAAGGGUGAAAUGGACAAUCUGCUCAAGGGUAUUUCGGCUGCUCUAGGCCAAGAAGCAGACAUUGGCACAGUACAAACCCAUAUCGAGUCGCUAGUAGAGGAGAGAAAAUCCAUCAAGACCCAAAUGGACCAGGCUAUCGCCGACUUACAAACGGCGAGGCAGGAACUUUCCGAAGCUACCGUCACUGUCGGCACUCUCAAGGACAAUCUCAAGGAGUUCGAGAUGAUCAACGCGGAGACUCUGAAGGAAUUGGAGAAGGUGAGCGAGAAGGAGCGUAAAAGUAAUCGCUUGGUCGAGGAGCUUGAGGAGCAGCUCAAUCAGAACUGGGAUCAGCAUGAGUUGGCGAACAACCGUCUUUCCGCUCUCCAGACAGAGCGCACUCGAGAACUCCAAGACGCUAUCGUGCAUGGGGAAUCUCUCGAGAAAGAAGUGCAGGAGUCUCGCAUCAAGAUCGCUCUUCUAGAGUCACAACUCAUGGAUGCGAAACGCAACUCGGCCCGUGGCUCUACCAUUGACCCAAGGGAAGAUCUUCAGCGGUCAAACUCCAACAACUCCACUGCGCGUAAGAGCGUAGCUCAUACCUCCUUACCAUCCCCACCACCCGCUAUUCCUCUACCUCCACUGCCACCUGGCAGCCCCCCACCUCAGACAAACGGACCAUCACCUCCCACUUCUCGGCACCAGAGCAAGGACAUUGCCCAUGCUCAAUUGGUCGAGGAUCAGGAAGCUCGCAUUCGUACCAUCGAGAAGCACUUGUUUGCUGAGAAGCAACUGACAGCCACUCUCGAGGACGCCCUCACCGAUCUUGAAGCUUCUAACACGAAGACCAAGACCGACCUGGACCAAUACAGGAAGAAGUGCAACAGCCUCGAGGAUGAGCUCAACGUGAUGCGCAAAGAGCGCAGCGCCGCCCGCCACUCCCUCCAAGCAGUUGAAGAGGAGCGCAAUGCCCGUCUCCGCGUCGAAGCUGAGCGCGCUCAUCUCGAAGCCCGCAUGGCGGCACUAAACGACGCCAACAAAAAGGGCAAGAAGAAGGGGACACUCAACUGCUUCUAAGCAGAUAUCUUCCCAGCCCACCAUUUUCAACAUUCACUGUACACUUCUUUACAACCUUUCAACCCUUUGCUUCUCAGCUGGCGCAUACUCCCUUCUUCCACGAAACAGGAAGUUCUCGUUACAUACCCCCUCCCGAUACACCAAAGUUUGCGAAACACUUUUUUUCUCUCUCGAAUGGCUUUAUGUUUUGACGAUCUGCAACGUUUGGGGGCUUUUGGCAUUUCCACCAGCCUUGGCUUUUUUUCACAUACCCCCGCCGCCCCUGUUACAUACCCUCGACCCACCACGUCCCCAUCCUGCCCGGGCAUGGGGCGCGGUCAAUUAAUGUAUUAUAAAAACUGGCAGAUUGAUAUUUUGGACACGGAUGCAGAUGCAGAUUCUUGGACGAGUAGUGAAAUGGUACAAAGAAGCCUUUUUUUGGACGGGAUUUUGGAAAGUUUGCAAUGAGCUAUGGGAUGUGUCCUGAGUCUCUUUCCAAGGUGCAUAGUUGGAUGAAGUGUCAGAUCUUGAUAUUUUUUUCCUUUCUUUUUUCUUCUCUUUUCCUUCAUUUUAGGAUUCUUUUCUACCUUUCUUGUGUGUAAUUUUGAGGACAUUGGCAUGUGGAUGUGGUCUCACCUGAGGUUUUAUCUAGUUUGUAUCAGUGCGAGUGGGGAUGGGGAAUGCACUUCCUUGUCUUGCAUCAAAAA